AUGCGGCUGCCUGAGCAACCUGGAGAGGGGAAGCCUGAGAAUGAGGAAAAGGGGGGCAGAGGAGCCCCUGGAGGGGGAGAGGAGCCGCUGAGGACCCGGGCCCCCGACUUCCCCACUUGGCAAAAGAUGCCUUUUCACCAUGUGACCGCCGGCCUGUUGUACAAGGGGAAUUACCUCAACCGAUCUCUCUCUGCUGGCAGCGACAGCGAGCAGCUAGCUAACAUCUCUGUGGAGGAGCUUGACGAGAUCCGAGAGGCCUUUCGGGUUCUGGACCGAGACGGCAAUGGCUUCAUCUCCAAGCAGGAGCUGGGAAUGGCCAUGCGCUCGUUGGGGUACAUGCCGAGUGAGGUGGAGCUGGCCAUCAUCAUGCAGCGCCUGGACAUGGACGGGGAUGGUCAGGUGGAUUUUGAUGAAUUCAUGACAAUUCUUGGCCCCAAACUGGUGUCUUCAGAAGGUCGCGAUGGUUUUCUUGGAAACACAAUAGACAGCAUAUUCUGGCAGUUCGACAUGCAGAGGAUAACUCUGGAAGAGCUGAAGCACAUCCUCUAUCACGCCUUCCGGGACCACUUAACGAUGAAGGACAUUGAGAACAUCAUCAUCAACGAAGAAGAGAGCCUGAAUGAGACCUCGGGGAACUGCCAGACAGAGUUUGAGGGCGUGCAUUCCCAGAAGCAGAACAGACAGACCUGCGUCCGGAAGAGCCUCAUCUGCGCCUUCGCCAUGGCCUUCAUCAUAAGCGUCAUGCUGAUCGCGGCCAACCAGAUCCUCCGGAGCGGCAUGGAGUAG